GGGGGGGUGUGCGGGGCGUCGGACACUGCGGCCGGCGGGCCCCGGCGCUGCUGAGCGAGAGAAAUGUGAGCCGGCUGCACCACUGCGGCGGCACUGCGGGCGGCCGCGGAGCCGGGGCGGGAGCGCGCAGGCAGCGCCCGCGCCCGCCGGGCCCCCCGGGACAGCGGGGACGGAUCCCGCCCGCCCGCCCGCCCGCCUGCACCUGCCGGGGGGAGCGGGGGGUGUCCGGGCCCCCCCCCCCCCCCCCCGCCCCCCAAGCCAGCCGGCCCGGGAGUGUUGCAUCAGCCCCGCGCGGAGCGGGGGCUCUGCGGCCGGAGGAGGCGGCGGGGGGAGCCGGGGGAGGGGGAGCGGAGCCGCGGGGCGGGCGGGAGGUGCCUCCCCCCCCCCCCCCCCCCCCAACACACGCACACCCGGCAGCUGGUCCCCGCGGAGCGGCCGGCGGGGGAGCCCGACGCCGCCAGCCCUGCCUUUGUGCCCGGUCCCCUCCCCGCGCCGCCGGGGAAGCUGCGGGAGGAGGCGGCGGAGCCCGGGGGAAGCGGAGCCGGGAGCCACGGCCCGGGCGGGAGCGGCGGCGGAGACCGGCCAGCAUCCUCGGGGAGCCGGCGCUUGGCACGGGCAGCGCCUGCAUCCCUCUGCCUUUCAGAUAACCUUUAGCCGCUUGGGCCUCCGAACCGGGGACGGAGCGGGGGUCUGGAGGCUCAGCUGGGGACACAGCCGCACCGGGAUCCCCCGUCCGGGGCACGGCGGGGCAAUGCAGCAAGCACGAAGCUGAGCUGGGGACAGAGGUGCCAGGGACGGAGGGGACAAGGCGCGUGGCAGCCCCGGCGUCAGCCAAGGUGAGCUGCCCUCCAGCACGGGAUGCUCCCUGAGCCCCUGCCCCGCGGGAGCUGCUGGUGACGGCAAGUGGGAGAGCUGGGAAGUCAGAGCAAAGGAAUUUGCAAACACAUUCUUCAGCGCCACGAGGAUCCCAGGGCGUGUAAACAGGAAUAAAGGCCGGGUGGAGGCAGGGGCCGGGGUGAGGCAGGGGCUGCCCGCCUGUGAGACCCCUCCUGGACUCACUUGCCCUGGGCAGCGCCCGGCGCUACGCUCCCCAGUUUACCGUUCCCGACGGCAACUGAUCCGGUGUGGGAAGUGCCAGCGAAGGCAAGAGGGGGGCUGCCAAGUGACAGCCAACGUCACGUUAACGUCCCGGUGAGGUGCUGCGGGAAGCCGACGCUUUGAUCACCCGCCCAAGAGGAUCCUCCAAGGCAGGCAGGAUGCCGCUGUGAGCCCUGCCUUCCCUUGCCUGUGCUGGCCUUGCGCCCGGCACCCUUGGGGCUGGAAAGAGAAGAGAGGCACGGGGCUCGCUGGCACUGCCCCGUCACCCCAGGAUGCUCUCCCGCACCAGUGGCUGCUCCCUGUGCUCCUGCUCCACGGCCAGACCAAGAUUGAAAGCUCAGCCGGCUGCUGGCAUGUUUUAGCCUCAUGCAGGCGUCCCUUGGAGACCCCAGAGCAGUGGACAGUAAUGUGAAAACAAUACUCAUGUCGUGUUUGAAAGGGCAACAGGUCAUCAUUAAGAUGGAGGCGAUGAAGAUCAUCCACCCGGAGAAGUUUUCGGAGCUGCAGGCCUCGCAGCCGCGCUACGCGCCAGCCCCACGCCGCGAGCCGCCUCUUGUGGCCAAGCGCGCGUGGCCCUCCGAGUCUGAGAUCAUUGUCAACCAGGCGUGCGGGGACAUCCCCGCUUUGGAUGCCACCCCCGGCCCGCUGCAGCUCCCCCGGACUCCCCCCCUGCCGCGGCGGGAGCGCGGGUACCAGAGCCAGCGGAAGGGCAGCUCCGAGGUCUGCUACCACCGGCAGCCGCCGUCGGACGAGGUGAUCGUCAACCAGUAUGUGCUGCACCCCUCGACGCCCUGCGAACCCCUCGAGUGCCCCACCUGUGGCCACAUGUACAACUUCACCAACAAGCGGCCCCGCAUCCUCUCCUGCCUGCACUCGGUGUGCGAGGAGUGCCUGCAGAUCCUCUACGAGUCCUGCCCCAAGUACAAGUUCAUCUCCUGCCCCACCUGCAAGCGGGAGACCGUCCUCUUCACCGACUACGGGCUGGCGGCGCUGGCCGUCAACACCAGUAUCCUCAACAGACUGCCGGCCGAGGCCCUGGCCGCCAACCCCGUCCAGUGGAGCAGCGACACCGACCGCAGCUGCUACCAGACCUUUCGCCAGUACUGCGGGGCUGCCUGCACCUGCCACAUCCGAAACCCACUGUCUUCCUGCACCAUCAUGUGAGCCCCGCGCCCCUGCCCACAGCUCCCAGCAGCGGGGUGGGAGAGGAUGCCGCAGCGCCGCGGCUGGUCCCCAGUCCCUCCUUUGCCGGUGGCACAGCCCGGGGAUGCUCUGAUGCUCACCGUGGCCAAAGACGUGGGACCAGCGUCCUCGCCAGCACUGGCCGGGGGUGAUGGGCAUGCUGGGACCUGGCGACAGCCCCCUGCGCCCCGGUGGCACCCAGGGAGAGGGACCCUGGGAUGGGGAGCACAUCUACCAGCGCGUCCAGGGGCUCCGGCUCCCCCCGGUCCUGCAGCGGGUGCCCCCGCUGUGCAUCGAGCAUCUCACCACGCUCCUUCCCCGGGCGCCUUCUCCCUCCUCUCUCCCCGCGGCUCCUGAGAGUGGAUGCUGGAGCGACACCCUCCCCAUCACCCCACAGCCACUGGCAGCAGCACGAGGAUCCCUGGAAGUGCGCAGUGCCACACUGGGUCACCCACCCGGCACGGAAGGCGAGGACAGGUCCCCAGCUGCACCCUCCCCCCUUCUCUGUAAGUUAUUUGCCAAAGCUUUCAUCUCAGUGGCCAAGCCGCCCUGCGCCCGAGUCAUUGUAGCCAUGCCAAGCCACUGCACCGGCCUCUCGGUUGCGAGCAGACACGCGGCCCGUUUCCUCCACAGGCCCUUGAGGAAAGCUCCACUUUAUCCUCGUUUUGGAGGAUUCUUGUUUUUUCCCUGUCCAUCCCCGGCCGCCCCAUCCUAGGCCACUACGUGUUCACACAGGCAUUGAGCUGUGCCCGUUCUCUGCUGCCUCGCCCAGGGCCCUGCACCGGUGCCCUGUGGGAUGGCUUGGGAGGUGGCGCAGGGUCUGGUACCCCAAAUUGCCAGCUCCAGCAAGGAGAUUUGGCUGGGCAGGGGGACAGAGGUCUGGCUUCAGCCCGCUGUCCCUUCCCCGGAGUAGCACCUCUGCUCUGACCCCUGUGCGGAGGGGCUGGCAGGGCAGCAGCUCCCUGUGCACAGUCUUGCUUUCUUCUCCAGGGUACCUGGAGGGGUAAGUUUGCUGCCAAAAAAGCAAAAAAAAUAUAAACCUAAAAAAAAAUAAAGAAAAAGCCAUAAUUUGUGGGUGCUCCCACGGGGCUGACAACCACAACACGGAGUGGCCGUGGCACCAGGGGCACAUGCUGCCCGGUCCCAGGGCACGGGGGCUGGGCGAGCCAGAGGGGCCCUGCAGAGCCCCACACCCUGGAGGAAAGAGCAGCCCCCGGCGCUGGGUGAAGCCCGGCAUCCCCCCAGGAAGAGGGGCCCAACCGUCCCCCCCCGCCUGCCUCGCGGGAGCGGGCGACGCCGCCGGCGCAGCCCCAGGUACCACCCCGCUGCCAGCAGAGAACGGGGGCUGAUACUGUCUCUGUGUUGCUCUGCCAAUGCCUCCCGCUGCUGGUUGUGACGAUGAUCAUGUUUUAUACCCGGCCUUGUUCUAACCCCCAUCAGUCUCCCCAAUAAAGAUUAUAUUGGAACGAGUGCU